AUGAAUGAGCAAAUGCGUUCCUGGAGUGAAAAUUCUGCUGAAAGCCUUCUCCCAAACGCCCUGUCCUGUUACUGCCAGCUACCCAGAACUAUGCCAAGGUUUGGCAUUGCAACUGAGCCCAUUUUCGAGGUUUGUUGUUCUUGGCUUGCUGUUCUUGGCUUGAGCAGAAACCAACCACAACCACAGGUUCAUACAAUGCUAAACCCUGACUUAUUCCUAUGUAGCACAGCAGGACCAGGGAAGGAGCACAGGGUUUGCAUUCUGCAUCCCAGGAACCCACACACCUGCAUAUUUGUGCUAAGCCAUGGUUUGGCUUAG